AAUGGCGGCGGCGGCGCUGGAGCCCUGGCGGGCAGCGGCUCCGCGGAGAAGGCGCUCAGCGGCUCGGCGUCCGCGGCAGAGGUCAGCGGCGGCGGCCGGGGGCCCGGAGGCGGAUCCCGAGGUGGACGACGGAGUCGUGCUUCGUCGCAUCCGGGAGGCCAGGGAAGACCUGCGUGUUUCUGAUUUCUGGAGUUCCGCACUAGAAACCAUCAACAAAUGUCUUAUGAAACAUCUGGAACAACUGGAUGCCCCUGUGGGGACUCUUUCGGAAGCCAUUGGAAGCCUGCACCUCGACUCAUCACCGGAUGGCUCGGGUGCGGCUGCUGGCUGCAUCCCAGGGGAGACCCUGGUCACGGGGGCCUGCGGCUGGAAGUGUGUGUGUUACGGCAUCGGGAGCUUUGCCACCUGCGUCAUAGCUAGAACCCAGCUAGCGUUUUUGCUUCUCUUCCUGGAGAAGUGCCAGAUUCCCAGAAGUCACUGCUGGGUGUAUGACCCUCUGUUUAGCCAGCUGGAAAUUGCAGUUCUUACCACCCUUGGGGUGACUGUCCUCGGUGAGAACGAGUGUUCACAGCUGCGUGUUCACCCAGGAAGGGAAGCGGAGUGUGUGUGGCGAGCCCACCAUCUUCUACAUGCUGCACUGCGGGACCGCCCUGUACAACAACCUUCUGUGGAGCAACUGGUCAGCGGAUGCCCUUUCCAAGAUGGUCAUCAUCGGCAACAGCUUCCGAGGCCUGGAGGAAAGGUUGUUGACAAGGAUUCUGCAGAAAAACUAUGCCUAUGUUGCACAGGUUUUAGAGGGCCUGGAGGAGCAGGCGUUUCCCCAGACGGCACAGUACUCGGACGUGUUUAACGACACCUCUGUGC